AUGUCUACUACUAUAUUUUCCAAACAAAAUCCAUCUCCUGUUCAAACGCGUCGUACUCAAACAAGAAAUGAAAACGCUCAUAAAGCAAAUGAUCGUCGUAGUCUGAGUGGAAAAUUUCGAAAUUUAUUUCGCAAGAAUUCUGCAUCUCCAACUCGUACAAUCACUAAUCCUGAACAUUUGCAACCUGCACCACCUGCAAGAGCAUAUCAACAAUCUACAUCACCAGAAACAAUAUCAGCAUCUACAGAAGCUCCUCAACUACGGGCACCUUCUGUUAGUUGGUCGUUCGGGAAAAAAAAGGCAAAAUCGCCAACAAGAAAGGAUGAAUCAACAAGUGGUAAAACGAAAACGAAAACGAAAACGAAAGAUAGUAAAAAGAAUAAAAAGGUCACCAUAACACCGCUAGACAUAUCAAGUCCUAUGCAUCAUCAGCAACAACAACGAGAAUAUCAAAUAUCGAUGCAUGAUCCGAAUUUUGUGCUUAAAACACCUGAAUUUCCACAUGGAAGUAUUGGACGAAUGAACUCAGCAUCACCCUACGAAACAACAACGAAAGGAUUUCGUGAUUUUAUGGUGAUUGACCAUACAAAUACAUCUCAACAGGAAAUGACAUCACGUGCUGAUGCUAUUACACCGCCACCAUACACGUCAAAUCAUAAUCAUUCACCAUCAAUGAAUCGUCGAGUACCUGAUAGAAAUAUUGAAUAUUCUUAUUAUCAAAAUACUUCAUCAUCACCAAUAUCAGAUACUGAAAUUUUUCUAACACCAAAACAGCGACGUAAACUGAAUGACACACCAUCUUUAACUGCCACUCAAAUGCUCACCGAAAACACUCCAAUACGCCCUGUAACAUCAAAAUUUUCUCCAUCAAAACAACACCGUAAAAUUGAUGAAAUUCCAUCAUUAACAACUGUUCAAAUCUUAGCCGAAAAAACUCCUAUUAUUGCUCCAUCAAUAAUGCAAUCACACAAUUCAACUGCUUAUUCUACUCAAUGGAAGAGUAAUUCAUCAUCGUCUCUCAACAAUUCUGACACACGUUCACCAACAUCAUCAUCAAUAGAUGUUGAUAUUCCAAAAUUAAAUACACCGUACGUAUCGCUAGGUCAAACAUCAUAUAGAGAAAAAUCCAAACAACCUAAUUCUCAAUCUCAUCUUGAUGAUACAUAUAAUUCAUUAUCAAAUAUAAGUCAUACUGUUCAACCCAAUCGAUCGUAUUCAAGUACAUAUGGUUCAUUGCCUGAUGCAGAAAUUAUGAAUAAUACUAGUUUGACUUCAUCGAAACCGACGAUCUCGAAUAUUGAUAAAUAUCCCGGGUUAAGUGCGAUUGUUCAUUAUCAUUUGAAUCCAGAUCCUCUUCAUUUUAAUGAACGUCCAUCAAAACGACCAAGUCCCCAACGAACACGACGAUUUGAGGCAUCAACAACAACGUUAAAUGAAUGUGAUCAAGACCGGCAAAGGCUAAGUACACUGAGAAGUAUUUCACCACCACCACCACUUUCUACUCAUCAUCAUGAUGGCUAUAUUCGACCUUUAACUCCUCAGUCAUCAUCUGGUCCGACAGAAGCGACUGCUAUUUGUGUGGCUGUUGAUAGCUCACGUGUUCAUUCAUCUUUAACACCAUCUCGAACGACAUAUUAUAAUCCUCCGGAUACUCCGGUAACUUAUCGUAGUUCAACAACAAUUUUUACAAAGGAUAAAAAUGAUUUCAUUGAUGGCGGAGAACUUCGAACAUGGAGCAUUCAAGAUACAGACGAUCUUAACAGUCAUAAAACAACAUCAAUAGCUACUCACAUUGAACGAAAAUAUAAUAAUCAUGAUACUGUUCUACCAACGGUUACAAAUGAAUAUCAAUAUAAUUCAAGAAAUCAUGAACGAGAAACAAAUCGUGAUGAAAUGCAAGAAGAAAACUAUAUAAUUGCAUAUGAAUAUGGAUUACACGAUCAACCACAAUAUUUAUAUGAUCAACAACAGUAUUCAAAUAAUCGAUUUUCUCAUAAUGUCAAUAAUGAUAUAAAUUCAAGUUAUACAAGGUCAUCAACCACAAUCGAACGCGACAAGAUCUAUGAUCGAACAACUCAUUUAUAUCAAAAUCAUGAACGCAAACAGGGUAACCAUGUAGUAAACUAA